ACGCACACCGAACCCUGUCCGCCCGACUCGCCCGGUGAAUUUCCUCCUCAAUUUACUUCCAGCGGCCGUACACCUGUGAGGCGCCUGUGCUCUUCUCCCUGGGAUCCGCCCGAAGAUCCAAGCGCAAGGCCACCAAAACCAAACAACCUCCUGCCGAUCCCCGAAGAAACUCAUUCUUUUCCGCUCCCGUUUCUUGUACUUUCCUCUCGCUCGUCUUCGAUCCGUCUCCCACAAGGGCAGGGAGAUCAUUGCAGUCCCUGUCACUCCGCACCGCCCCGUCAUGGCGUCCUAUGCGACUCGUUUGUCCCCGUCGUCUUUCUGAUUGAUUAAUCCGAGGGCAUGGAUCUCCAUGAGGUGAGCUCGGAAGAUCUUGUGUAGGAACUGCUGCUAUAAAGCUCUGUUCCCCUCCCCUCCACUUCCUCCUCAUGCAAGAUGAGCAGCUCUUGAUCGCGUAGGGGUUGAGGAGCGAGCCUGCUGGUUGCGGCUUGGAGAUUCUUCCGGGUUUCUCUUUCUCUGAACUUUUUCCUGCACUUUCCCCGUCUGAUAUUUAUCAGCUUCCUUUACUCUAGUUGAGUUGCUUGCUUGCUGAAAACCCCCCAUUUCUCGCUUCAAAGCGGUCGGAUUUUUACUGCAAAUAGCCAGCCAGUCUCUGAGCCGACCUUUUUCCACCACUGCUGCACCCAGGCGAGAACAACAACGUCAGUUUGCAGCAGGAGAAAAGGUUCUCCCUUGUAUUGAAAGCACACAAUUCCCCCCCUCUCUCUUCCCAAUUGAAUCCCAAUUGAAUCUGUGGCUGCCCUCGCUCCCAUCACUCGUAGUCGUAGGGUGAGCAUAGUGAUACAGGUGUCUGCUUGUUGAAUCCCGUGUGCGCCACUUCUCCCGCAAGCUCUGCAAGCUUGUUGCUAUCCUGCAAGGAACAGCGUGCCAAAGCUCUGCUCUUUGCUAGUUUCCUUGCGUCGAUCCGGCACCAAUCUUGGAUUGGGCUUCAAGGACGGUGCUUCUUGUAGCAAGAAGCCCAAACAUUUGAUCCAGGCAACCGCUCGGAUCCUUGCAAGAACCAGGCGGCCGGCCAUGGUGUCCCGCUCCUACUCCAACCUCCUCGACCUGGCCACCGGCGCGGCGGACCAGGCGCCGGCGCCGGCCGCGCUCGGCGCUCUCCGGCGGCGGCUCCCGCGCGUGGUCACCAACUCGGGGCUCAUCGACGACUCCCCGGCGUCGCCGUCCACACCGUCCCCCGCGCCGCGCCCGCGCACCAUCGUGGUGGCCAACCAGCUCCCCAUCCGGUCCCACCGCCCGGCGUCGCCGGAGGAGCCCUGGACCUUUGACUGGGACGAGGACUCCCUCCUCCGCCACCUCCACCACACGUCGCCCCCCUCGAUGGAGUUCAUCUACAUCGGCUGCCUCCGCGACGACAUCCCGCAGGCCGACCAGGACGCCGUGGCGCAGGCGCUCCUCGACACCCACAACUGCGUGCCGGCCUUCCUGCCGCCCGACAUCGCCGAGCGCUACUACCACGGCUUCUGCAAGCAGCACCUGUGGCCGCUCUUCCACUACAUGCUGCCGCUGUCCCCCGACCUCGGCGGCCGCUUCGACCGCUCGCUGUGGCAGGCCUACGUCUCCGCCAACAAGAUCUUCGCGGACAAGGUGCUUGAGGUGAUCAACCCGGACGACGACUUCGUGUGGGUGCACGACUACCACCUCAUGGUGCUCCCCACCUUCCUCCGCAAGCGCUUCAACCGUAUCAAGCUCGGCUUCUUCCUGCACUCGCCGUUCCCCUCGUCGGAGAUCUACAAGACGCUGCCCGUGCGCGAGGAGCUGCUGCGCGCCCUGCUCAACUCCGACCUCAUCGGCUUCCACACCUUCGACUACGCGCGCCACUUCCUCUCCUGCUGCGGCCGCAUGCUCGGCCUCUCGUACGAGUCCAAGAGGGGGCACAUUUGCCUGGAGUACUACGGCCGGACGGUGAGCAUCAAGAUCCUGCCGGUGGGGGUGCACAUGGAGCAGCUCAAGACGGUGCUCGGGUUGCCGGAGACCGAGGCCAAGGUGGCUGAGCUGAUGGAGAAGUACAUGGGGAAGGGCAGGGUGGUCAUGCUGGGUGUCGACGACAUGGACAUCUUCAAGGGGAUCAGCCUUAAGUUGCUCGCCAUGGAGGAGCUGCUGCGGCAACACCCCGAGUGGCGGGGGAAGCUGGUGCUGGUGCAGGUCGCCAACCCGGCCCGAGGGCGGGGCAAGGACGUCGCGGAGGUGCAGGCCGAGACGUACGGCAUGAUGCGGCGCAUCAACGAGGUGUAUGGUGAACCCGGGUAUGAGCCCGUUGUUCUGAUCGAUGAGCCGUUGCAGUUCUACGAGCGCGUGGCGUACUAUGUCAUUGCCGAGGUGUGCCUGGUGACCGCGGUCCGGGACGGCAUGAACUUGAUCCCCUAUGAGUACAUCGUCUCCCGGCAAGGCAACGAGACGCUGGACAGGAUGCUGCGGCAGGGGAAGCCAGAGGAGAAGAAGAGUAUGCUGGUGGUGUCCGAGUUCAUCGGGUGCUCACCGUCCCUGAGUGGCGCGGUCAGGGUGAACCCGUGGAACAUCGAGGCCGUGGCCGACGCCAUGGAGAGCGCCCUUGUGCUGCCUGAGAGCGAGAAGAGGUUGCGCCACGACAAGCACUUCCGCUACGUGAGCACCCACGACGUGGGGUACUGGGCCAACAGCUUCCUGCAGGACCUCGAGAGGACCUGCAAGGAUCACGACAAGCGGCGGUGCUGGGGCAUUGGCUUCGGCCUGCGGUUCAGAGUGGUCUCGCUCGACCUGAGCUUCAAGAAGCUUUCCUUGGAGAGCAUCCUUAUGGCGUACCGGAGGGCGAAGACGCGCGCGAUUCUGCUGGACUACGAUGGCACGCUGAUGCCACAGGCGAUUAACAAGAGCCCGUCCGCGGAGUCGGUGAGGAUACUGAACAGCUUGUGCCGGGACAAGAACAAUGAGGUGUACCUUUGCAGUGGCUAUGACCGGCGCACUCUCCACGAGUGGUUCCCUUGUGAGAACCUUGGCAUAGCGGCAGAGCAUGGCUAUUUCCUGAGGUCUAAGAGGGACGCGGAGUGGCAGACCUGCAUCGCUGCUGCCGAUUGCAGCUGGAAGCAGAUCGCAGAGCCGGUGAUGUGCCUCUACAGGGAGACGACGGACGGUUCAACCAUCGAGGACAGGGAGACGAUCCUCGUCUGGAACUACGAGGACGCGGACCCUGACUUCGGCUCGUGCCAGGCCAAGGAGCUCGUCGACCACCUCGAGAGCGUGCUCGCGAACGAGCCCGUGUCAGUGAAGACCACCUCUCACUCUGUCGAAGUGAAACCGCAGGGCGUGAGCAAGGGCCUGGUGGCGCGGCGCAUGCUGGCGUCGAUGCAGGAGCGGGGCCAGUGCCCGGACUUCGUGCUGUGCAUCGGCGACGACAAGUCCGACGAGGACAUGUUCCAGCUGAUCGCCACGGCGGCCUGCGGGGACUCACUGGCGUCCAAGGCGGAGGUGUUCGCGUGCACCGUCGGCCGCAAGCCCAGCAAGGCCAAGUACUACCUCGACGACGCGGCGGAGGUGGUGAGGCUGAUGCAGGGGCUCUCCUACGUCUCCGAGGAGCUGGCCCUGGCCAACCACCGGGAUGAAGACGACGACUCUUCUCCGGACGUGUGGGAGUAGCAGAUUAGUAGUAGCGAUUAGCGCCCUGCAGCAGUUGGGAUUGCAGGUGCAGGGCGUACAAUUUGCGUUGGCCCACUUGGAGGCUGGAGCUUUCGCCGAGUAGUUAGAUGUGUAAAUGAGGUAUGGUUUUCAGGAUAAUGCACUGUGAUGAUGUAGUUACUUGCCGGAUGAUCCUAGUACUUGUUUCUAUGGAUGCCUUGAAGGCCUGCUUGUGGUGCUGCCAGAUAA